CCCAAAAAAUAGUUUCUGCUAAUUAUCACUUUGCUGUUUGUGCAACUUGUUUUCAAGCUUGUUAUCCUGUUUUCAGCUACAACAACUGUGGCUAUACCUUAGAAGUAGUUCACUGACUGAAGAACUUUGACACAUGCUGACGGACUCAAUAUAAAUGACAGAACAGAUGAAAAAGGAACAAGGAGUUGCUCAAGUGGGUCUUUCUGCAGAGGAUCAGCCAGCCUUCAUGAAGAAUAGGAAAAGGGGCAUUUGGUGCAGUAUACACAAUGAAAUUCUCGGAUUCAUUACACGUUCACAUCUUCAAACUUGCCUCAGAACCAGUUUCCCAGCCUGUGAUAGUAAUCCUUGGCAACUGUGUGAGUUCACCAAAUAUCACUUUGAGCUGCUCUGACUCCAAAGGGACAAAUGUUGUGAUUCACUGGGAAAAGGUGUCUUUGUCUGGAGUUCUCAAUAGGGCACAUGAUGGUACAAAGCUUGUGAUAGACUGUGAAAGCAAAGAGGAGCAACGUUCAUACAGAUGCAUAGCAGAAAACCCAGUCAGUAUUGCAACCAGCAACCUAGUGACUGUCAGCCUAUAUAACAAGACCAAUUCCAACGGUAAAAGAAACAGUUUGAUGGUCCUGGUCCCUGCGCUGAUGUCAGUCCUGGUUUUAACCAUUGCAUGCCUCUGGAAAACUCCCCAUACUAAAAAGUGUUACAGAUCCUGUCGAUCCUACUGAGGAACCUCAAGUGAUAGAGCUACACCGCUUCAGCCAUAUAAGGAAAGCACCUCAGAGACUUGACUUUUAAUCACCUGAAGUUAUAUAUAUGUAUAUUGUUGAAUAUUCAAAUGUUUUUCUGUAAAUAAAAAUUGUAAAAAAAACUAAAGGGAGAGGAAAUGUAGUUGCUGAAGUUAUAGUCUCUCCUGCUGUCUAUCAGCAGUCAUGUAAUGGGAGGCUCUGACCAAUGAGCCCUGAGCGUGGGCAAUCCAGGGCUUCCUGAAGAGAGUCCCAAUCAAGCAUGUAGCACCUGUAAUAAA